AUGGCUUCAGAUGGCAAUUUUCUCCAGGUUCCCCUGCGUCAGAAGCCGGGAAGGAAAACUCAAGGUUUCUUCACGAUGAGCCGGAGGAGAAUAUCGUGUAAAGACCUGGGCCACGCGGACUGCCAAGGGUGGCUCUACAAGAAAAAGGAGAAAGGAACGUUCCUGAGCAACAAAUGGAAGAAGGUCUGGGUGGUGCUGAAGGCGUCCUCCCUCUACUGGUACAGCAAUCAACUGGCAGAAAAAGCGGAUGGAUUUGUCAACCUGCCUGACUUCACUGUGGAGAAAGCAUCUGAAUGCAGAAAAAAGCAUGCUUUCAAGAUCAGCCAUCCACAGAUCAAGACCUUUUAUUUUGCAGCUGAGAAUACGCAAGAAAUGAAUGUGUGGUUAAACAAGCUUGGAUUAUCUGUAACCCAUCAUGAAUCCACUACAAAGGAUGAAGAAUGUUACAGUGAAAGUGAACAGGAUGAUCCAGAAAUAGCUGUGGAGACAGCACCGCCUCCUAACUCUUCGGAGACUCUGCCCCCCUUGGCAGCAGAGCAGGCAUGUUCAUCUUCAUCCAAUCUGAGUGAAACACCGGGUUCUUUUUCUUCCCUGGAAAGUACCGUAAAGACACCCAGCAGUCUGCCCACCUCCUUGUCAAAGGAAAGACAGUCCUUGACCAACAUGAGCAGUUCGUCUGCUGCUGAAGAUGUGGGACAAUCUGUAGCAAUUGCUGUGGAGGUUCAUCCACCUGGACCCUCAGAGGUACACAGUGACAAGGCCCCAGAGAACAGCGUGGCCGCGUCAGAAAGUGGAGUUUUGAACUCUUUAUCCAGUGGUGACCCGUCUUCACUGAGUAGCACCCUAGACCAUCUUACUGUCCCAGACAAGCCUACGGGAUCAAAGACGAUGGACAGAGAAGAAACAAGAGUGUCUGGAGAUGAUGAAAUGGAGAAGCUCUACAAGUCAUUAGAGCAAGCCAGUCUAUCUCCACUUGGGGACCGGCGACCUUCAACCAAAAAGGAGUUGAGAAAGUCCUUUGUGAGGCGGUGUAAAAAUCCAUCCAUAAAUGAGAAACUCCACAAAAUCCGAACCUUGAAUAGCACAUUAAAGUGUAAAGAACAUGACCUGGCCAUGAUUAACCAGUUGCUGGAUGAUCCGAAGCUGACAGCCAGAAAAUACCGUGAGUGGAAGGUCAUGAACACCAUGCUGAUUCAGGACAUCUAUCAGCAGCAGCAGGAACCUGCAUCUGCAUCAGCCCCUACAGGCUCCCCCUAG